UACUUACCUCUUGCUGCCAACAUGCGCGAAAUCCAUUUCUGUGUGAACAGAAGCUCGACUUUUCAUCGGGAUCGCCGUAUAUCUAUAAUGGGUUGAAGGAUCAGGAAGUAUGGCGUACCAGCAGGCGCGACGUCUCUUUCUGCUGGCCUUAUCAGCGACCUGUUUCGUGUUGCUGCACGUGUUGCUCUUACAACAGCAGCCGAUGCCUCCGUCGCCAGACUACACAACACGUCUUUCUAUCGGCCCCCCGCUCACCAGCAGGAUUGAUGUUUUAAGCAACACUUUUUACGUGCCGCCGGCCUCACCGCCAGCAAUUCCCACUUCGGUGUCGGGGUCAGAAUCAGCAGCUGCUUCCGGUGGAGGAGGUCUUCAAAAUGGAAUGGACAUUGGUGCAAGAACAAAAGACAGUGGUGCAGCUGAAGGACUAAGGGCCGUCGACACCAAAACCAAAGACAGUAAUAUCAACUACAAUAUAGAGAAAGAAGACAAAGCUAUCGUUGAAAACAGAAGCCUGCUUCAGCAGUCAGCACGAGUAGCUGCCAAUCUGAUAUUGCCAAAAGAUAAUGGAGUUGCCGGCAGCAGCAAUGCUUAUCUGACAUCAUCCUUAACCUUGCAAACGAAGUCUUUACGCCAACAUCCAGAGGACAACUUCCGGGAUGAAAGUAGUCACCGUGACAAUAUGAACCGCAUCAGCGACAACAAUAAGCAGGCCACACAAGCGACACCCACGCCGCCGCUCAAUGAGUCAGUACCCGCAUCGGUUCUUCCGCAGGUCGGUUCUUCGACAGGAGUUGUCGAAUUGCCGUUGGCAGUAGACUCCGGGGGUAGUGAAGGAGGUAUUGAAAGCGUGGGAGUGUCGGAAAACUCAAGUGCUAUUAACGCUAUUGCACAAUCCAGCUCUGUCAUUCAGACGACGAUACCACCACUUACUGGAGGUGUCAAAAGGCUACCCCAGUGCAUUAUCAUUGGCGCUCGUAAAGGAGGCACACGGGCCCUUCUAGAGUUUUUAAAUCUACACCCUGCAAUCGAAAAAGCCACUGACGAAGUCCACUUCUUCGAUGAUGACUCAAAGUAUCGAUUAGGUCUCGACUGGUACCGGACGAGAAUGCCGUCAUCAACAGCAGAGCAGAUCACAAUCGAGAAGUCUCCAGCGUAUUUCGUAACUGAUCGGGUACCAGAACGCAUGUGGGCAAUGAAUUCAUCGCUUCGUUUACUACUCAUUGUUCGAGAUCCAGUGGUUCGACUAAUUUCGGAUUACGCGCAGUUAGCAGAGAACCGGCGAAUGCGUCGCGAAAGCGCACAUAAAGAUAGCAAAAAUAAGGUUCCGCAGUUUGAGCAGGUAGUUUUGACGGCAGAGGGCCGAGUGAAUACCGACUACCGGCCUGUUGGCACAUCAAUCUAUGCCGUCUACUUUCGCCGAUGGCUCGCCUAUUUCCCUCGGCGGCAAAUCCACGUCAUUGACGGGGACCGCCUUGUUCGAGAGCCCUUUCCUGAAGUGCAGAAAGUGGAGGCAUUUCUCGGUCUCGAAGCUCGGAUUCCGGAGGAGGUAUUUUAUUUUAACAAGACGAAGGGCUUUUAUUGCGUGCGUACUCCAGACGACGUUCAGGAUCACUGCCUAAACGAGAGUAAGGGACGUAAACACCCAAAAGUCGCUCCAGCAGUCAUCUCUCGUCUUCGAGAAUUCUACGCCCCUUUCAAUCGAGAAUUCUAUUCUUUGGUCGGGCAUGAUUUUGGCUGGCCUGAACUAUAGCCAGUGAGACUUCUAGACCAUUUAACCAUCUUCAAUCAGCCUGUUAGCGGUUCCACGAUCCGACUUCAUCAAAUCCUCGGGGAUGUUCGUUUUGGAUUGUUGAACAACUUUUUACAACUCAACUGCAUCCAGACAAUAGACGCUUCUUCAUUAACGGCAAUAAAAAAAAACUAGUCCCCUUUUUAUUAGAUAUGUAAUUGUAUUGGUUUUUGAAUUGGGGCCAAUUCAUGCUUAUGAAAAUGCCCUUAAUAAUAAUUAACAGAGCCAAUAUUGAUCUCCCCUGUUCGAAUUAUUGCUUCAGUUCUGCUGCUGCAACUCAAUCGAACGGAAUCGCAAAGAUCGAUGUAUUUUGUUCUAAACUGUCGUAAAACCAUAUUCUUACUGGUACGCUAUAUUUGCGUAUUUGUGCACAUGAGACUCUUAUACUAUCAUGCACUACAAAGGUAGGUGCGAUUCGAAAAUCUCGAACUGAUAGGAGUAAUUUGUAAGCAAACUUAUGAAGUCAUCGAAAGCGCGCUCGCGAAAGGUUGACUCUAUCAGAAAAUACCUCUAAAAAGCCCAUUCAACGUUGAUUAGACCGGUUAAUUGCUUUGGGCAAAUCGGUUUUUCCAAAGUCGUAGAGUGCCGUUAUUGUAUACGGAACCAACCUGAUUCUAUGCCCAGUGGCAUCAUAGCGCCACAAAGACAUACAAAACCAGUCGCCCUAUCGAUACGCAACUCAUGAGUGAGAUAAACAGUGAGAUCUACAACUUCAAACAUACUGUAUAUACCAUAUAUAUAUAUAUAUAUAUAUAUAUUAUAUAUUACAUAUGAUAUAUGACAAUCACAAAAAUGGUUUAUAAAACAGCAUUAUGGAUACCAUUAUAGAGUACCAGUGAUGAAGCUGUGUUAGCCUCAUAGUAAGAUCCACUAGUGAGAUUUAGAUUAACCUAGCAAAUAAAUUAAGUCUAUUUUGAGAUGGUGUUCAGUGACAAAUCAUUAUGAAACAUAAAAGAUGAGAUUAAAAAAAGUCGAAAACAAAGGAAGUAUGAGCGACGCUCACGUGCUACCUACUGAAAUUAUCCAAUAGAUGAAAUAGCCGGAACGAAACAAUUCACAAAGAAAUGCGACGAUUAUUGGAAAAUGGUUAUUAUCGCGUGCUUUAUGGUUAAUGAUCCGGCACGCUGCGGUAUUACAUGAUAGAAAAAAAUGGCGGUAACACAAAGUGGCACGAGAUGUUGACAAUGGUGGUCAUGAAAAAGAUGACAACGUGGAGAGGGUUGAGGAUACCGUUGAGGGAAGAACCUAGAAUUUGAUACGAAACGAAAAAUCGUUGUAUUUACUGAGCGGGCAAAAUCAUAGAAAAAUACGAUGAAUGAAGGAUAUCAUACAUGGUGAUCAUUAAGAAUGAGGUUAAUACUUAUGAUACUAGCAACAACAAAUAUUGAUAGUGAGAUAUUAUAUAGUGACAAUGCAAGGGGGAAAGAUAUUUAAGCAUCGGGUUGUUUCAACUGCUCAUGUAUAUAUGGACAGUAAUGAACAUAUAUAUAAAGAUGGUAGGAGAAAAUAACACGCAGUAUAAUACGCAGAAUCCAGUAGAUUUCAUUGGGAAAAGAAAUCCAAUUGUGUAUAUAUACAACAAUCACAUGAAGAGAUUGAAAGACGGAAAGAAUCAGUAGGCGACUAGCAGUUACAGUCAAGCAACACAGGGACGCCAACUACCGAAAGUUCUUGCCUUCAGUAUUAUUAAUAAUAAUAAUAGUAGCAAGAACAUGAUCAUAAUUACUAGUUAGUUUUAAAAAAAGUAAGAAUGGUUCCUACAUGUGGCGUUGAGCGGGAGCUCACUUAUCUGAUAAAUUAGCAAAUAUUUCUGCUUAUGCUUCUAAUAGGCAUAAGGUUUUUAAACAUGAAAAGUAAUAGUAUGUACGUACGUACGUAGCAAUUGGCGGACUAAGAAGCGAUACAAUGAGACUUUUUUCCGUUUUUAUUCAGCCAGCUGUAUACCUGGCGACUGUAUACGAUGCGGUACACUCAUAUGUAAAAAAGUUGCACACGAACGUCGCAGGAGAUAAAGAAAUGCGUCUAAAUUGCUUGUUGACAUUCUAAAUUGUUGUCUUAUGGAGUCCCUUAUGGAUAUGACUUUUAACCGGCGGGAUGACAAACAUAAGCGAAGUACGUCUACAAGUAGUAACGUUUCUCUCGUUGUCUCUACCCAUGCAAAUUAUGAUAUAGUAUGAUGACCGAAUAAAGCAAUUGCCAAAAUCGUUUUCACGCAACUGUAUUCCACAGCGUCUGGGUAGCAACACGUACAUGAUCUUCGUAGCACUUGUAACGUUUCUAUGCUAAAUUCGAUAGCGGGCUGAAAAUCACAGACAUCCUAACCAGCCGUUCGACACAGUCUAUAUACUUGUAACAGGUAAAUGAUUCAGAUUCACAUUAGGUAAGGUUAGCGAAUGAACGGCGCUAUGUAAAUAUCUACAUUCCUACAAGAAGUUCUUCAUUAAAAAGUACGUGUUAAUGCUUCUAAGCUCAUUAUAUAGGGAUGAUAAACUAAAUAAUAUUGAGUGAAUUUCGAAAUCCCUAGGCAUAUUAGGCUUAUGGACAAAUCUCCAAAAAGUACGUACUGGUGUUG